AUGCAUUUUGUUCAUACGUUUAUUCGUUGUGUUCUACUUAUUUAUUUUAUCAAAUGGAAUGGAUAUAAUUUCCAUAUGUUAAAAAGACAAUUUUUUAAAAAUGGUAAGAAUAUUAUAGAGAGAAGUAUCAGAAAAUGUAAAAAAAAUAAUUUUAGUAAAUCGUAUCAUUCAAUUGUAUAUAUAAAAAAUGGAGUCACUCAAUAUAUGUGUAAAAAUAAAAAAAGAGGGAGAGGAGAACAAAAAAAAAAUAUAAUAAUAAAUAAUAAAUAUCUAUUCCUUCUUAAUAAUUUCAUCGAUAAAAAUAAAGAUAAAACUUAUUUAUCUACAUCAUUAGAAAGAAAAUAUUUGAAAAAUCAAAAGGACGAUGCCCACAAAAUUUGGAAAAAUAGAAUAAAGAAUUACAAAAGCAUUAAUAUAUAUAUGAGUAAGAUAGAAGAAAAAUCAACUAAAGAGAUAGAAAAUAAAGAUGAUAUAUUAAAUAAGGACAAUAUAAAUAAUAAACAUAUAUAUGAUAAUAACAAAGAAAAUGAUAUAUUUAAUAAAUAUAAUACAAAACAAUAUGAAAAAAUAAUAAAAAAGAAAAAUAUUCAUUCUAUAUUAUUAUGUGGAGGUAUAGGAAAAAGAACUGAAUUGAUCGGUCCUAAGCAAUUUUUAAAAUUAAAUGAUAUACCUCUGUUUAUAUAUUCAUUUAAUUUGUUUAUAAAAUGUAAUUUAAUAAAAUCUCUUACUUUAGUAUGUGAUAAAAAACAUUUUUCAUGUAUCAUCCACAGUAUAAAUGUGUAUAAUCAACUUCUUUUAAAAAGAAAAAUGAUAAACUCCUUUUUAAAAAAUGGAAACGAUAAAUUAAAUAUAAAUCUGAAGGAAUGUGAUCAAGAUGAAAAAGACAACAUAAAAGAUUUCUCUUCCCAAAAAAUUAAUUUAGGAGAAAAUCAUUUUAAUGAUGAUAGUAAUAUAAUAGAUUAUAUACACAAAAAUACAUACAUUAUAUAUGAUAAUGAAAAAAAUAAAUGUAUUCUAGAUAUGCAAGAACUAUUAAAUGAUUUGUCAAAAGAUAUAAAGAUAAGAAAGAAAAAAGAAAUAAAUGAAAUAAAUGAAAAACAUGAAAAAAAUGAAAUACAUGAAAAAAAUGAAAAACAUGAAAAAAAUGAAAAAAAUGAAAAAGAUGAAAAAGAUGAAAAAGAUGAAAAAGAUGAAAAAGAUGAAAAACAUAUAAUUCAAAUAAAACAAAAACAUAUAAAUGUCAAUAGAUAUAAAUUAUUAAAAAUUGUAGAAAGUGGAAAAGAACGAUUAGAUUCCUUUUUAAAUGCUAUGAAAUCAAUAGAUAUAGAAUUAGAUAGUCAAAUGUAUAUUUACGAAUUAUUAAAAAAAUAUAUCCAAGGGAAAAAUAAUAAGAAUGAUAAUAUAUCAUACGAAUUUGAAGAUGUUAAUAUAAACAAAUGUAAUAAAAAUUAUAAUUCAAAUAAUGAUAGUAUGCAAAAUAACAAUAUUAAAGACAAAAAAGAAGAAAAAAAAAAAAAGAUACAUAUAACAAAUAUUUUAAUACAUGAUGGUGCUCGUCCUUUCUUAUCAGAAAUUGAUUUCUUUAAUUUAAUUUAUUAUUCCACUUUAGAUAAAAAUGUUAUAUUAGGUUCAAAAGCUACAGAUACUAUAAAAUUGAUACAACAUGAAGAAGAAAAUAAAAAAAAGACAACUAGCCCUUUUAUUAAAAAAACUAUAGAUAGAGAUACCAUAUUCCAAGCACAAACACCACAAAUAUUUGAUAGUAAAACGUUGCAUAAUAAUAUAUUAACAUAUAUACUUCCAAUGAAAAAUAAUGAAAAAAAAAUAAAACAAACAAAUAUAAAUAUUAUAAAUGAUAAUAAUUAUCCCAACAGUGAACAACAACAUAAUAAACAAUUUACGGAUACCUCUUCUUUAUAUCAAUAUUUUAAUAAAUCAAAAAAAAAAAAAAUUUUUGUGUUACAAUCAAAUUUUCCUAAUUUUAAAGUAACUACACCAGAAGAUGUUUUACAUUCAUUUUUUCUUAUGAAAUAUAUUUAUAAUUAUAAAUUUAUUGAUAUAGAAGAAAGUAUAUUUAAAGAUGAAUAUAUAAAUUCCCAUUCAAGUUAUAUAUUAAAAAAGCAGUUUAAUAAUUUCUUUUUCUAUGAUGCUUUAAAUGAAAAACAAAAAAUACUAUAUCACAAAUUUUAUUAUUCUUCAAAAUGA